AGGGCACAUUCGGGAGCUGCGAGGGCUGAUUCGCCAGCUCCGAGGACGCCGCGGAGCCACCGCCCCCGGGAGGCGCUGCUCGGGCGGCGCGGAGAGCGGCGUGAUGGGCGGCGCGUCCCGGGGACGUCUCGCAAGAUGGCGGCGCCCCCGGACAUGGAGCUGUCCCCGAGCCUGAGCCUGGAGCUGCUCCCCACCGACCCGCUGCUGCUCAUCCUCAGCUUCCUCGACUACCGGGAUCUGGUGAGUUGCUGCUAUUUGAAUAGAAGAUUAAAUCAGCUAUCAAGCCAUGACCCACUGUGGAAAAGACACUGCAAAAAAUACUGGCUCAUUUCAGAGGAGGAAAAAAGCAGACGGAACCAGAGCUGGAGAGCCAUCUUCAUCAGCACCUACUCUGAUUUGGGAAGGUACAUCCACUACUAUGCCACGCUGAAAAAGGCCUGGGAUGACCUGGAGCAGUACCUGGGGCAGUGGUGUCCGCGCAUGAUCAGCUCUCUGAAAGAGAGUGUGAGGGAGGAGGAUCUGGAUGCUGUGGAGGCACAAAUCCGCUGCAAGCUCCCCGAUGACUAUCGGUGCUCCUUCCGCAUCCAUAACGGGCAGAAGUUGGUUGUUCCAGGGCUGAUGGGCAGCAUGGCCCUGUCCAACCACUACCGCUCCGAGGACCUGCUGGACAUCGACACGGCGGCCGGGGGCUUCCAGCAGAGGCUGGGGCUCAAGCAGUGCCUGCCCCUGACCUUCUGCAUCCACACUGGCCUCAGCCAGUACAUGGCCCUGGAGAGCGUGGAGGGGCGCAACAAAUACGAGAUCUUCUACCAGUGCCCAGAGCAAAUGGCUCGCAAUCCAUCUACUAUUGUUAUGUUCAUUACAGGUACAUCUUACUUGGAAUGGUUUACAUCUUAUGUAAACAAAGUUGUCACUGGAGGUUAUCCUAUCAUCAGAGACCAGAUUUUCAGGUAUGUGCAUGAUAAAGAUUGUGUUGCUACCACAGAAGAUAUCACUGUGUCUGUGUCCACCUCUUUUCUACCUGAACUCAGCUCUGUACAUCCACCACAUUAUUUCUUCACUUACAGAAUCAGAAUUGAAAUGUCCAAAGAUGCCCUUCCUGAGAAUGCCUGUCAGCUGGAGAGUCGAUACUGGAGAAUAACAAAUGCCAAAGGUGAUGUGGAAGAAGUGCAAGGUCCUGGAGUAGUUGGAGAGUUCCCAGUUAUCAGCCCAGGGAAGGUCUAUGAGUACACCAGCUGUACCACGUUUACCACAACCUCUGGAUACAUGGAGGGCUACUACACCUUCCACUGCCUCUACAACAAGGACAGAUUCUUUAAUGUCACAAUCCCUAGGUUUCAUAUGGUGUGUCCAGCAUUCAAGGUGUCCACAGCAUGAAUGGCAGCAAAUCCCAGUGACUCUGCAGUGGAUGAAGAUGAAGAUUGCACAGGCAUUGAUGACUGCUGAGAUCCACAUACAGUGUUGGACAUUCCUGCACCCUCUGGACGCUGCCAUUGGGAUUUCUGCCCAAACAGUUUGUGUGAGCUGGACUCUUCAGGGCUAGUGCAUAGGAAUAUUUCUGACUGUUGUAAAUGAACUCUGUUGCACAUCAGGGCAACUAGCAUGAAUGUUGGUGCCAGUUCUCAUAUUCAUUAAGAGUAUAACUUCUAUUUCCUUGGUUUGGAAGUGGGGGAAGAGGGAGGUGUUUGGGCUUUGUUUAUUUUUUCUGAAGUGUGAAACAGCUUGAUAGUCCAAGGUACUCAUAUCUCACAUUUUUAAAGUAUUGCCUACUUAUGAUCAUACUGCAAAUAUGGUGUAGGGAUUUGGUUUAUACAAAGCAUUAGAAGGGUGUAUCCUGUUGUCCUUUCUCAUGAGUUUCUGCUCUGGAUAACUGCUGCUAAGAAUGAAACCUGCAGUUUGGUCUGAAUAUCCCAUUUGGGUGAGAUUAGGUGCUGUUAUGCUUUUUUUUUUUUUUUUUCUUAUUAACAUAGUAAUAGCAAAAAAUUCUGGUCAUCAAAAUGUAUAAAUUAGGAGUGAAACUGGCCUUAUUUAUAGACAAUCUAUUUGUCAGUUGGAUUUUAUGCUAAGUGACUCUGACUGGAGAAUGCCUCUGGGAAUGUAGUGUCCAUGCAUAAUCUGCCACUCGUUAAGUAAGGAAUUUCUCAAUGACUACAGAGUAUGGAUUUGUAAAUAUGUUUUGAGGUUUUUUUUUCUGUUACAUGAUGUUUGCUGUUGUCAUAGGUGACAAAUUUAUGUUAUGUAUCAUGUUUUCCUGAGCCCUGGAUGAAUUUUUGUAACAAUAAAAAAGAAAAAUAAAUAAAUAGGAGGCUGGCAGAACA